GCGACAGUGGCAAAGUGAUGAUGUUUGUAGCGAAUGGGGGGUGAGAAAAACGCACAAAGUCAGAGCAGAAAGCAGAGUGGGAGAAACAACAACAGCUACAAAUUGACCAUGAACAACGGAUUCAGCACCGGCGAGGAGGACUCGCGCGGUGGCCUCACGGACCAAACAUGCUGCCUGAUCGACGACAUGGAAAGGUGCCGCAAUCAGGCCGGCUACGCUAGCUACAGCAAACGUAUACAGAAAACGGUGGCCCAGAAGCGCCUCAAGCUGAGCAGCGAUCCCAGUGCGCAGCAUAUUUACAUCUGCGACUAUCACAAGGAGCGCAUCCAAUCGGUGCGAACGAAGCGACGACGCAAGGACAGCGAAGACGAUAGCAACGAAACGGACACAGAUUUGCCAAACUUUCCCGAUCUCUAUCAGCUGAAUCUAUCUGCGCUGCGUCGCUACAAGCGCCACUUCAAGGUGCAGACGCGGCAGGGCAUGAAGCGGGCCCAACUAGCGGAUACCAUCAUGAAGCACUUCAAGACAAUACCAAUCAAGGAGGAGUCGGAGAUCAUUACGUACUUUGUGUAUAUGGUUAAAAUGGGAUCCAAUAAAUUGGAUCAGAAGAAUGGCAUUGGCAAUGAUACCACCUGAACGCAACUCUGUCGGCUGCCGCGGUAUCGCUAUCGCCCUCGUUAUCGUUAUCGCUAUCGUUAUUAACGCCGGUUGCUGAAUAA